CCGAGAGUUGAAGGAAGCAGAGGGGAAGAUGAAUUUCAGCCGCCUGCCUUCAUAUUUCUGUAAGUUUAGGGCCACCAGACCUUUCUUGAGGCCCGCAACCUGUGCCAAAUAUGCUAAGCGGUGUGAGGAGGGCCAUGACAAAGCCGUCAUGGAUGACCUGCCGGAGGCUGAGGGGUCCAGGGGCCGCCGCCAGACACCCACCAUGAUGGCCGGCCUCCUCGCAAGCCUCGCCGGCCUCGCCACCUACAAUGCUAUUCGCACCCAUAAAUUUGAUUUGUCGGUAAAUGAACAGGAAACAGAUUCCUCGCCGGCCGAACCUCGACCACGCGGAGAGCUCAAUACACCACCAGCUGCUGCUCCUGUACCACUCAACGGGGCAUCGCCUGUACCAUUCAGCGGUGCACAAUCUUCUAGUGAUAUCACACUAAAGCCUCAAGUUGUUUUAGUGCCUCCAGAGCACACCUUCCUGGUGAUUGUGCCCGUUAAGGAGAGUGGUAAACCCCAAGAACCCGGUGGGGACGCGCCUCGCUACCAUUAUGAGGCUGAGAACACCGCGUCUCCAGAUGCAAAUACAUUUUCCUACCCACCUGAGAAGAUGUCUCCUCCACCUUUGAAUUCUCCAUCCUCAGCCAAGAAGACCGCAAUUUCUCCAGCCGAGAAGACCCCAUCUUCUCCAGUCGAGAAGUUCCCAAUUUCUCCAACCGAGAAGACCCCAUCUUCUCCAGCCGAGAAGACCCCAUCUUCUCCAGUCGAGAAUGCCCCAUCUUCUCCAGCCGAGAAUACCCCAUCUUCUCCAGUCGAGAAGACCCCAUCUUCUCCAGUCGAGAAGACCCCAUCUUCUCCAGUCGAGAAGACCCCAUCUUCUCAACCUGUGAAUACUCCAUCCUCCCCAACGGAAAAAACUCUAUCAUUCUCCGAAAAGGAUGAUGGACAGCUUGAAAAGGGUAUUUCUCUGGAUGGUAAGUGGAGCUCUUUUACUGUACAAAUAUAACGCUUAUUGCCUAAU